CGCUCGUGAUGCUGAUGCUGGAGUCUCUCAGAGCUUCACCUGCAGUGAGCAGCGCUGGAGUCCCGGAGCAGCUCUCACUCUCACUGUCUGCAUGUCCAUGAAAGGCAGAGGAUCCAAAUACCAGAAAAGAGUGUCGUUUUCUGAGGAUGAAGAUGAGCAGUGCUGGAAAGAGGAGAACGGCGGUCUGGACGCACAUCACCUGACAUCCGUCCAGACGGUCCGAGACUCUUCAGGGUAUUACCGCUACAACAUGAAAUCCUCGGAUACGUUCCCCCAACGCAGGAUGACCCUACCGCGGGAAAAGGGCCGCAGGCAGGCGAUUCGCGGUCCGGCGUUCAUGUUCAACGCUCGGGGCAGCAGCCUCACGGCGGAGGAAGAACGCUUUCUAGACGCAGCGGAGUACGGCAACAUCCCAGUGGUCCGAAAGAUGCUGGAAGAAUCUCCCACGCUCAACGUGAACUGCGUCGACUACAUGGGACAGAACGGACUGCAGUUGGCCGUCGGGAACGAACACCUGGAGGUCACCGAGCUGCUCCUGCGGCGAGACAACCUGGCCCGUGUCGGGGACGCGCUCCUGCUGGCCAUUUCCAAAGGUUACAUACGUAUCGUGGAGGCCCUGCUGGGACAUCCGUCCUUCGCGAGCGACGAACGACUGACCCGCAGCCCCUGCGAGCUGCAGGACGACGACUUCUACUCGUACGACGAGGACGGCACGCGGUUCUCGCCCGAUAUCACGCCUAUCAUCUUGGCCGCCCACUGCCAGAAAUACGAGGUGGUGCACAUGCUGCUGAUGAAGGGCGCCAGGAUCGAGCGGCCGCACGACUACUUCUGCAAGUGCGCCGACUGCAUGGAGAAGCAGAGGAAGGACUCGUUCAGCCACUCGCGCUCGAGGAUAAAUGCGUAUCGUGGACUCGCCAGCCCGGCGUAUCUCUCUCUGUCCAGCGAGGACCCCGUACUGACCGCGCUGGAGCUGAGCAACGAGCUCGCCAAACUCGCCAACAUCGAAAAGGAGUUUAAGGAUAAAAAGAACCGUAAUAAAGAGACAUCUCAGCACACUGGCUUCUUUCUGAAUGACUACAGGAAGCUGUCUAUGCAGUGUAAAGACUUUGUGGUUGGAGUUUUGGAUCUGUGCAGGGACACGGAGGAGGUGGAGGCCAUCUUGAAUGGAGAUAUAUCCGCCGAGCUGGAGGAAGGCCAGCAUCAUCGCUCUCUGCUCAGUCGAGUCAAACUGGCCAUUAAAUACGAGGUUAAGAAGUUUGUGGCUCAUCCGAACUGUCAGCAGCAGUUGUUGACGAUCUGGUAUGAGAAUCUGUCUGGUCUUCGGGAGCAAACCACUGCCGUCAAGUGUCUGGUGGUUUUGGUCGUGGCGCUGGGACUCCCUCUGCUGGCUGUGGGGUAUUGGUUCGCCCCGUGCAGUAGGCUUGGUAAAAUGCUACGCAGUCCUUUUAUGAAGUUUGUUGCUCACGCGGCCUCCUUUAUCAUCUUCCUGUGUCUACUGGUGUUCAAUGCGUCCGAUCGGUUUGAAGGCAUCACCACCCUUCCCAACGUCACCGUAACCGACUACCCGCUGCAGAUCUUCAGAGUCAAGACCACACAGUUCUCGUGGACAGAAAUACUGAUCAUGGUCUGGGUAGCAGGAAUGAUGUGGUCGGAGUGUAAAGAGCUGUGGACGGAGGGGCCGAGGGAAUACGUCAUGCAGCUCUGGAACGUUCUGGAUUUCGGCAUGCUCUCCAUCUUCAUCGCAGCGUUCACCGCCCGGUUUUUCGCCUUCAUGCAGGCCAUGAAAGCCCAGGAGUAUGUGGAUGAGAAUAUCCACGCUCCAGACCUGUCGCUGGUCACGCUGCCGCCGGACGUCAGAUAUUACACCUACGCGAGAGACAAGUGGCUCCCGUCGGAUCCUCAGCUGAUCUCCGAGGGUCUGUACGCCAUCGCCGUGGUCCUGAGCUUCUCCCGGAUCGCCUACAUCCUGCCGGCCAACGAGAGCUUCGGGCCGCUGCAGAUCUCGCUGGGACGAACGGUGAAGGACAUCUUCAAGUUCAUGGUCCUCUUCAUCAUGGUCUUCCUCGCAUUCAUGAUCGGCAUGUUCAUCCUCUACUCCUACUAUCUGGGGGCAAAGGUUAACCCCGCCUUCACCACGGUUGAGGAGAGUUUCAAAACGCUCUUCUGGUCCAUAUUCGGGCUGUCUGAAGUGUCCUCUGUGGUUCUGAAAUACGAUCAUAAAUUUAUCGAGAACAUCGGCUAUGUGCUGUACGGGAUCUACAACGUUACCAUGGUGGUGGUUCUGCUCAACAUGCUCAUCGCCAUGAUCAACAGCUCGUACCAGGAGAUAGAGGACGAUGCAGAUGUGGAGUGGAAGUUCGCCCGCUCUAAACUCUGGCUGUCGUAUUUUGACAACGGAAAGACUCUCCCGCCUCCGUUCAGCAUCGUUCCCAGCCCGAAGUCCUUCUAUCUGUGUGUGAAGAGACUGAUCAACCUGCUGCGCUGCCGCCGCCGCCGCCUGAAGAAGGACGUGGAGCUGGGCAUGGACAACUCCAAAUCCAGACUGAACCUCUUCACUCAGUCCAGCAUGAAGAUGACAGAUUCACACAGCUUCAACAGCAUCUUAAACCAACCCACACGCUAUCAGCAAAUCAUGAAGCGUCUGAUCAAACGCUACGUUCUGAAAGCACAAGUGGACAAAGAGAACGAUGAAGUGAAUGAAGGUGAGCUGAAGGAGAUAAAGCAGGACAUCUCCAGCCUGAGAUAUGAACUGCUGGAGGAGAAGUCUCAGGCCACAGAAGAGCUGUCAAUCCUCAUUCAGAAACUCAGUGACAAACUCAACCCACGACCCGUCCAUCCGCACUGACCCCUGCAGGUCAACUCGUGUUUAUGUUAAAUAUAUCCCACUUUAUUAUGCAGAGAUCAGAAGUAAGCCAUGUAUUCGCUCCAACAUGUCCUUUAUUGAGUUUGUGUGGCUGAACAGUGGCAGAUGACGGAAUAAACGACACGCUUCACCUUUAAUUUAAAUCAUAGUUAUCACGUGACAUAACGCUCUCCUGGAGGACAAAACAAGGCUUUCCUCCAUCGACACGAAUGUACUAGUAAUGAUAUUAAAAGAUCAAAUUCUGUAUAAACCAUAUGAUGAUGAUGUAUACUAUACACAGACAAGCAGAAGAACUCAGAAUAUAAAAGCAACACACCGUUUUUCCAUAGAAAACACUUUAUAAAGAAACACUAAACUAUUGAGAGCGUUGCAUUCUGCUCGUCUGUAUAUAGUACGCAUGAUUAAUUAGUUGUAUACUGAAUUUAAUCUCUUAAUUUCACUGUUUUUGUACAUGAACGAAGCAUUUUAGAAUGUCCUGCUGUUUUUAGUGAUUGAAAUACUGAUUAUAUUUUCUUAACAUAUUUUUGUUUUUCUUUUGAGAUGUGAUCUGAAUGCUUUAAAAUUAACAGGCUUGUGCUGCAGUUCAAUGGAUUUUUUGCCCUUCAUGUGUCACGUGACUGAAAACUAUGAAUUGGACAGUUCUUCAUGUUAGCUCCACCCUUUAAUGAUGAUUGGCCUGGUCUGUUUUGAUUGACAGUUCCAUGUAGGCUCCACCCAUUUUAACAAUAACUGCAAGUGCAAUAUUGAGUGUAACAUAUUUAUUUAAAUGUUACUUUUUUGUCUCAUCAUUUAUUUAUGUUCAGGUGUUAUUUAUUGCACAUAUCUGUAUGUGUUUUAUAUACAAUAGAAGUUAUUCUGAAUAUAGUGUAAUGUACAGUAUUUCUCAACCAACUUUAGCAGGGAUAUUUGCUGCACACUGUCUUCAUCCGUUCCUGUAUUAGUGUAAUUGUGAAGCUACAAAGUAGAUGAAAUAUUAGUGGUCCAGUGUCUUUAAAGUGCCCCUUUAUGCUUUUUCAGAUAUUUCCGUUCAUGUAGGGUGUGAUCGAGCUGUUUGAGAAUGUAAAAGUUGUCGGGGUUUAGAGAGGCCGAAUCUUUGAUCGAAGCGUUUCAGACACUGAGAGAAAAGAGCUGAAGCUGCAGUGGAUAUUAUGAGAAAAUUAAAGUGUUUUUGAUCUUGGAUGAACAUAAACCUGUUUUAGGAGACUCUGAAACAACAUUAAAACAGCAUAAAGGGGGACUUUAAGAUGGAGAGACUUCUAGCACAAACCUAUGCAGGGUAAAUGUCUGUAUGUUCUGUCAUGAUCUGACAAAUUAUUACUAGUAUUAUUUCUUCAGUUGUUGCUGCGUCUAGAAGUUAGUUAACUUUUUAUUGUAUUUGUAUUUGAUUAUUAUUCAGAUUAUUAUUUCAUUUAUCAAACCCAUAAUAUUUCCUUGUGUGCAGUGCAAACUUUUCCAUACAGUAACUGAAUGAUGAUUUGAAUUGAAAGAACAGAAGCAUCAGAAUAAUCCAUAUGACUGAUGUGUGAGAAGCUUCAUCUGUGAGUGCAUUAUUCCUUUAAGAUGUUGUUUGUUUGUUUCAAGAGAAAUGAGCUUGUGAAGAUCAUAUUUCAUGUAUUUGUACAGUGUAAAAACCCAAAACUGCUGAGCUGCAUAGAUAUGAAUGUUGAAAAUCAAUGCAAUCAGCUGUAGUAAAGGGUUUUUGAGUGCCAUUUUGGUCCAUAGAUGGCGCCAUUUAAUUUCACAAACUGCAAGUCUGCAUUCAUUUAAAACUCGAGGCUGAAUUAUGUAUGUUAUAUUUAUAUGAAUGUCAGUAGAUGGUAUAUUUCAUGUUAGACAGUAUAUCUGCAGCAGUUUAUAUGUAGGAUCAGAGAUUUGCUCUGGCAGGGCUACUCUAACAAAAUAUGUGUGGAAAUAUGUGCAAUUCAGAUGUUUUUGCUUGGAUUUUCAUUUAUGUAUAUUUAGACAUUUAAGCUAUGCAUUUUUCAUAUUAUUAUUAUCAAUUAAAUGAUUUUAGAGAGAAACCUAAGAAAUAUGACAUGUACAGAUAUUGCUGUAAUACACUAGCAUUGAGACUCUAAAUUUGACAUUUUUAAUGUUUUCUAUAUAAAAUCUAUUGAAAAAAACAAAUGUGUGUAUUUCCUUCAUCCUGAGCACAUCACACAAAACUCAAAAUCAGU